ACACGAUAUGGGCAUGUUGUCAAAGUUAUUCAUGGAUUUAAUGUUACCAGUUCACAUUUUAAUUUUAGAGGUGAUUUCGCAGAAGAUAAAAAAUAUUGGGAAAUGACAAUUUCAAAGUGCUCAAGUUUGAACAAUGAUUUAUGCGAUACACAGAACAAAAUUUAUGGUAAAAUUUUAGUUGACGCAAGUGGUCGCCGUUGUUGCAUUAGAAAAUAUAUCCCAUCUCUAAGACGUCAAUCAUUUGAUAAAUUAUUAGCUUUCGCCUGCCUAUUUGAAUCUGCUUAUUUAAAUGGUUUGAAGGACAAUGAUCAUCACACUCUGAUAGAAUCUUGCAGCUAUGGCUGGUUUCAAACAAGUCGACUUCCUAACAAUCAACGUAUUAUUGUUUUUUUCACUGAUGACGAUUUAGUCAAACAAUUUCCUCAAAAAAUAAGGAUUGUUGAUGAAUUUGUUGAUUUCUUGAGAGAGAACUCAUCUAACAUUAAUGAAAUUUUAAAAGAGUUUGACUAUAAACCAAUUAAAAGUAGGGUUAUGUGUAUGGCUGCGAAUUCUGAAGUACUUUCAGAAUUUGCAUCAAUCAAAAUCCAGUGGAUUGCAGUUGGUGAUAGUGCAAUCUCAUUUGAUCCACUUUCAUCUCAAGGAAUCCUAACUGCUUUGUAUAACUCAAAAUUUGGAUUAAAAGUUAAGAGCAACGAAAAUACUGAUGAUAAUAUUCAACCAUUUGACAUUUACACACAUAAACUCUCCCAA